UUCGUAGUGUUAUUGAUUCUCUUCAUUUUGUACUUUUAAAAGUUCAUAUUUCAACGUGUCAGUGUUAGUGAUAGAUAAUAGUUCUUUACGAAAUCUAUAGAAAAGAGAUAAGAGUUAAGUAAGAUGGAACCCCUGACACCUCCACAUACGCCACCUCAUAAUUCUGGUCAUGAGCAACGCAGUCUGCAUCAGAUACGUUGGCAUCCUCAGCAUCACCAGUAUCAUGCUACGUUUCUUGAUCACUGGAUCCGAGGCGCAGCUCUAUUAGCAGUGCGUGGCUGUUGUCCAACGGUGAGUCCUAUCCAACACCAACAAGGUGUACCUCUUCACAUGGGUUUAAAUCCAUUAACGGCAGUCCAGUCAUCACCAGCAGCUUCCUUUCUCUCACGCCGGUUACCCGGCCAGAGACCUAAAAAGGAAUUCAUCUGUAAGUUCUGUAAACGUCAGUUUACCAAGAGUUACAACCUUCUUAUUCACGAGAGGACGCAUACAGAUGAACGGCCCUACUCAUGCGACAUAUGCGGCAAGGCCUUCCGUAGGCAGGAUCAUCUCAGAGAUCAUCGGUAUAUCCACAGUAAAGAAAAGCCAUUCAAGUGCGGGGAAUGUGGCAAAGGCUUCUGCCAGAGUCGCACUCUCGCCGUCCAUAAGAUCCUUCAUAUGGAAGAGUCGCCGCAUAAGUGUCCCGUGUGUGCUCGCACUUUCAAUCAACGUAGCAACUUAAAAACUCAUCUGCUGAGCCAUAGUGAUGUACCCCAAGACUUGCGCAUAGCUGAGCAUCGCUAUCAUCAAGAAGCUGUUGAACAGGAUAAAACGACAGCCCAACUAAUAAAGAUGCGAUUGUCACAGCAACAACAGCGACAAUCCUCAAUCCAUCAUCAUCAACCAAAACUUGGUUUCACCAUUGAGGAAAUUAUGCGUCGCUAAAAUGAA